GCCUAAUAUUAGGUUUGCACAGGGUGUCUCAUCUAUCCGCCCAUUAAGCCUAGCGUCCAUCGCUAUUCGUUUUUCCACCACGUGUGAUCUGUCUGACUUGUGCAACUUCCGGUGUAGCCUGUGAAUUGAUUGCCAACGGGUAAAUAUUCUGCCAGACAAUCAGAAUGAGCAAAACGAGAACAAGGAAGUGUACACGCAUAGCAUAGUACGUCCGUUGCUGUUAAUAUAACAGUGCAGGAGUAAGCUGACGACUUGUUUGUAUGGACGCAACAAUGCAUACUAACAACUCCAGAAACCCGGCUCUGGAUUCUCGCUCUCUGCAUUUUUAUGAAGAUUAGCAUGAUACUCUUCUUCUGCAGACUUCAAGUCGAUGAAAAAACGAACAAGGCCUAUUCGUUUGUCGGCGACGAUUUUCCUCGACUGUUGCCCCUAGCACAGACUAGUCCAGUCCUGAUGGCCUUCGAGGAUUCAGCACAUUAUCAGAUAAACACUGAAGAUGGGAGGGCGGAGUGGGCCAGCCUAACGCCGGGUAACGGGCUCGUUUAUUUGGGGGAACAGCCUGAUCACCCAUUCUCGAUCUCGAUGUUCCACCAAUUGCGUUGCCUCGAUAUCCUACGAGAAAAUAUUGUUGGAGAAAGCAGCAAUGCAGCUCUGAGCCGUCACUGCCUCAACUACUUGCGCCAGAUGAUAAUGUGUCGAGGUGACGCUCAGCUGGAAAACAUAUUAUUAGCAAGCAAGGAAAAUUCAUCCCAACCAUUUUUCGUGCGACCAGGGACAUACGUGUGUAAUAGCUGGAAUUUCGUACUGGAGGAAGUGAGGAAGAACCAGGCUGGAGCUAAGCUCAUGUGGUGAUACUACCUACGAGCAAAGUUACUUUAGUACCUUGCGUAAAGCUUCGGACUCAGCGUAGAAUCAAACUUCGGACGGGCCCCCCACCACGGGACGCACUUUUUGACAGUGUCUCACGAAGGUGUUUGUUUUCGGGCCGAAAAAACCACACAUGCCAUUCUGCAACUCAUCGCGACUUGGUGGCAAAAGGUAGCGCAGUUCAGUUGAAUUGUGGUCGAUCUACAAUGAUUCCCUAGCAAGUUUGGAGGGGAGUUCACAAAUGCGACUCUCCGGCUUUCCGACAGCGCAAGUAAAAAUUGGACUGAGACCGAGUCUUUUUCUGGUGUAGUCAACACGCACCCAAAACGAAAGCCUCAGGUUCGGGAGGCGCUUGUUAUGGUC